CCUUGGGGCCUUCCGUAACUGGGCGGCGGCAGGCAUGGCCGGGACCCCCGCGCCAGGCAGCAGGAGGCGCAGCGGGCCUCCGGCACCUAGUCUUGGCCUGCCUCCCAGCACCGGGCAUCCCCCCAACAAGCGAGCCCGAGGCUUACCCGCGCCCCCAGCCCCAGACCUGGAAGACCCGUUCGGCGCGCAAGGGGAUUUCACUGCCGACGACCUGGAGGAACUCGACACCCUCGCGUCACAGGCCCUGAGCCAAUGCCCGGCCGUGGCUCGGGAUGUGUCCAAUGUUCAUAAGGUCCCCAGAUUAGAUGGGAUGUCAAAACAUUCUUCAGACAAAAACAGAGAAGGUGUUCCAGUUAAAGAUAACUUUGAAUUAGAGGUACUUCAAGCACAAUACAAAGAGCUUAAAGAAAAGAUGAAGGCAAUGGAAGAAGAAGUUCUCAUUAAAAAUGGAGAAAUUAAAAUUUUGCGGGACUCACUGCAUCAGACAGAAUCUAUUCUGGAAGAACAGAGAAGAUCACAUUUCCUUCUUGAGCAAGAGAAAACUCAAGCGCUCAGUGAGAAAGAAAAGGAAUUCUCCAAAAAGCUCCAAUCAUUGCAGUCUGAACUCCAGUUUAAAGAUGCAGAAAUGAAUGAAUUAAGGACAAAACUUCAGAGCAGUGAACGAACAAAUAAACUAGCUACUCCCUUCGUUUCCCACGUCAGUCCUAGGAAAAGCCCCUCUGUGGCUAUAAAGCCAGAAGUAUGUUCUCCAGAAUUUGGGAAACCAUCUUUCCCUACAAAGGAGUCUUUUACUGCUAACAUGUCCCUUCUCCAUCCCUGCCAGACAGAGCCAGGAUAUAAGUCCAUAGUGGGCAGAGAGGUUUCAGAGAACAAGACCCACAACUUGGGAGCUGAUGCCAUAAAGCAAGAAAAGUCACAGAAAGGGCUUGUUGACAGCUGGAGGCAGAGAUCGAACACUCAAGGUUCCAUUUUGAUAAACCUUCUCUUGAAGCAGCCUUUGAUCCCAGGAUCAUCCCUAGGUCUGUGCCACCUCCUGAGCAGUUAUUCUGAGGCUCCUCCUAGCACCCUCUUGCAGCCACCAGGAUUUGGCAGCAUCUUAUCUGGGAUUUCAGGCCUGAGGCCCACAGGUUCUCGAGAUGGAUCAUUUUCCCUCUCAGCCUUGAGAGAAGCACAGAACCUAGCACUCACUGGACUGAAUCUGGUUGCCCGGAAUGAGGGCUCAUGUGAUGAAGACCCAGCAGAGGGAGGCAAAAGGGCCUUCCCGCUCUGUCAGCUUCCUGGAGCUGUGCAUCUCCUCCCCUUGGUACAGUUCUUUAUCAGCUUACACUGCCAGACUCUACAGGAUUUGGCAGCAGUCAAGAGAAGCGGAGCACCUGGGGACUCUCCGACACAUUCCUCUUGCAUGAACUCCGGGGUAGAGGCCAGCCCCGAGGACUCACUUUGCAACCUAGAAGGCUUUUCUGUGGCUUCACUUAGUGUUCUGCAGCACCUGGUGUGCCACAGCGGAGCAGUUGUCUGCCUGUUACUCUCUGGAGUGGGGGCAGAUUCUUUUGCUAGAGAAGGAAGCCAAAGUCUGAUUCAUGGACAUAAUCAUGGGGAUGUCACCUCAGCCCCAAUGGGGCUUGCCAGUGACCAAGACCAGCAUCCACUAUUGAAGAUGCUUCUUCACCUGUUGACUUUCUCUUCUGCAGCAACAUGUCACCUUCAAGCCAGUGUCCUCAGCCAGUGCCUUAAGGUUUUGGUGAAACUAGCUGAAAAUGCUUGCUUUGAUUUCUUGCCCAGAUUCCAAUGUGUGUUCCGGGUGCUGCCACAAUGUCUCAGCCCAGAGACGCCCCUGCCUAGUGUGCUGCUAGCUGUUGAGCUGCUGUCCCUCCUGGCAGACCACGAGAAACUUGUGCCUCAGCUCUGUUCCCAGUCAGAAGGCUGCCUCCUCCUGCUGCUGUACAUGUACAUCACGUCAAGGCCUGACAAAGCUGCUUUGGAGACACAGUGGCUUCAGCUGGAACAAGAGGCCGUGUGGCUCCUGGCUAAGCUCAGUGUACAGAGCUCCUCCUCCCCGGUCACUGGCUCCGACUGUCAGUGCAAUGUGGAGGUGGUCAGAGCACUCACAGUGAUGCUGCACAGACAGUGGCUGACGGUGCGGAGGGCAGGGGGGCCCCCCAGGACUGACCAGCAGAAGCGAACGGUGCGGUGUCUGCGGGACACAGUGCUGUUGCUGCACAGCCUGUCCCAGAAGGACAAGCUCUUCACUGUGCACUGCGUGGAGGUCCUGCAUCAGUAUGACCAGGUCAUGCCAGGUGUCAGCAUGCUGAUUCGAGGGCUUCCUGACGUGACAGACUGUGAAGAGGCGGCUCUGGAUGACCUCUGUGCUGCUGAGACCGAUGUGGACGACUCUGAAAUGGACUGUAGCUGAGCCACAUGGUGGCACUAGCACCACUAUUUUCCUCACCUCAUCAACUGAUUAAAAGCCUUGCGGCUUGUGUGGCACUUGUUUCAGGAGUCUGAUCUGCCUUGGCUGAGUGGGAGGGAUGGAGCAGGA